AUGAAAAAUAAUGAAUAAAUUAGCUUUGAAAAUGUUGUACUAAAAACAAGCCCUGAAAAUGAAACUGUCAUUGAACUAGAAUUUCAAUAAACUCAAUCUGAAACGUAGUUAGAUUAAAUUUUGGAAGAAUAAAUGUUUAAUGAGAAACUAAAACAAUGUGAAUAAAAAAGAAUAGAAAAAUUGUAGAGGUAUUUGAUUAAUAAUCUAUAAAAACUAAUUUCAGAAUACCUAAAGAAUUUUAGGAUAGAUUACCUACAAUUAGAGAAAUUGCUGAUAUUUCUAACUCGUAAUUGCAUAUCACACAAAAUUUGAAAGAAUAUACAGAAUAAUCUAACACUAUGGUUUAGAAUGAUAAUUAAAAAAUGAAAAAAGUCAAACAGAGAAUAUAAAAAAAGAAUAAAUUUGAACAAUAACUUAUGUAUUAUUCUAGCAUAAACAUCUCUCAAUAUUAUGUUGAUAAAUCAAUUGAUUGUAGAUGGAAACUAUUAUUUACAUAUUAUAUAAUAAUUAUUGGAACUAAUAUCACAUUAAAUUUGAUUGAAUUAAUUAGAUAUUAAUAAAGCUUUUGUAGGUUAUAAGGAUUAGAUCACUCGCUCAUUUAUAUUAAUUAAAUUGCUUACAUUGCAUGCAAGGUUGGAAUAUUAAAUAUCAUCUAUUAAGAAUUUACUAAUACUUUACCAAUUAAAGUCAAAGUUCCAUUAUUAAAUCAGGUUGUAUUUAGUUGUAUAUUUCCAAUUUUGUCUAUGCCUCUUUAUAUAUUUGACUUUGUAUAAUGCCAAUAUAGAAUUAAGAUUUUCACCCUUGAUUAAAGUCUUAAACUAUUAAAUUUNUUUUUAAUGUUAUAUUUAUAAAGUACAAGUUCAUUUAAUUUUAUUAUUCAAAAUUAUCUAGGAAUUAUAAAAAUAAAGCAAUAAUAUAUAAUUGAAUAUUUAAAACUCAACAACAUAUAAAGUAAAUUGAAUUUAUUAUCAAAGUCAAAUUUAUUUGA